AUGAAAAGGAUAUUUUGCCUCAGGCAAUUAACGAUUAUGCAUUUGCACGUAAAAAUCCAAUUAGAGCAUGAGGGAGCACCAUGUGAAGGGGCUGCACAGAAUAAUUCUAUUAAAAUGUUUAUUUGCAUGAUUAUGUUGAUAAUUAUAGUGGUGAAAUCACAGCUCACAGCUCCAAUGAGCAGUCGUGAUGAUGAAGGGAAAAUCAAUAAACUCAAUUUCUGCUAUCCAUUAGGAUUUCAACAUUAUCUACAGAAAAUUAUAGAAGGUUUCGCUACCAAAAUGGAUAGCGCAAUUAACUCUCAUGAAUGUAGAAAAGUUUUAAGAACUUUAUUGGUUGCAGAAACAGUGAAACCAGUUUUAAACUUUUGCUAA